GUCGUCAUUGUCUAUGGUUUCAAUGACUGACACUUGCAACACUUCUAGUGUCGUUCUGUAGUCUGUGGUCUUUCUUUUGGUAAAAAUCGGGAUCGUGAGAUUCUUGUGAUAUGGCCGGAAAUAAUAUCGAAGAAGUAGAGGGGUCCGCGACCACCGACGUGAAGGCUAACAAUGCUGCGGAAGUACCGCCAGAGUUCCUUAUCAAGCACCCCCUACAGAACACUUGGAGCCUUUGGUUUUACGACAACGACAGAAACAAGACAUGGGAAGAAAACUUAAUAGAACUUACCACAUUUGAUACAGUCGAGGACUUUUGGAGACUAUACCACCACAUUAAGCUACCGUCAGAACUUCGCCAAGGCCACGAUUAUGCUGUCUUCAAACAGGGCAUCCGCCCCAUGUGGGAGGAUGAUGCCAACAAGAUGGGAGGCAGAUGGCUUAUCAGUCUUGAGAAGAAACAGCGUAACUCCGACUUGGACCGGUUUUGGUUAGAUGUGGUUCUUCUACUCAUUGGUGAGAAUUUCGAGAAUGCUGAUGAAAUUUGUGGUGCAGUUGUGAAUGUUAGGCCUAAACUUGAUAAAAUAGGUGUGUGGACAGCUGAUGCUUCCAAACAGCAUGCAACCAUAGAGAUCGGCAGGAAACUGAAGGACCAGCUUGGAAUCCACGGCAAAAUCGGCUUCCAGGUCCAUAGAGACACCAUGGUCAAACACAGCUCGGCCACCAAGAAUCUGUACACCGUUUAGUCUGAAUUAUUUGUACUUCAUGUAUGGGAUAACUCGUUAUUAUGACAGGGUAUAAAAGUGGAGCUCUUAUGGUCAUAGAUAUUUUGCUUAUGUUAGUAGAGAAAUUAGUCGCAAAACUUAUUAAUCCGGGCGAAGUUAUGUUCGUGUAAAAAGAUUGCGUGAUUCAACUACAAAUCAAAGUCUAAACGCUUGAACACGCAAUGCCGUGGACCGGCGACUUUAUAUUGCGGGCAUCUCUGUCAGUGUAGUUACGCCCUAAUUGGAGUAAAAGAGAAAGAUGCUCACAAAUUGCGAACAGCGUUCCCGUUAGUCCAUUACUGCCCUCAGCUUAGUGCCAGCUCCAGGGGUGCUGCUUUUGUGCAACACUUCUAUACCUUGUUACUAUGUUGUGAACUAAAUACUAAGUUACUAUUCGCACUGUGUGCGAGUAUAACGAUUUUUCUAUGGUUGGUCCAGUUGUGAAACUUAUUGAUUAAGUAAUGAUAUUUGAUAUAUCAAAUUAUUGAUUGGGCUAUAAGUCUGUACGAUUACUAAAAGUUACAGUUAGGCUGUAGCAUUUGUAACGUUUAGAAUCUGAUAGACAUGUCAGAGUUAUCUCAUAAUGUUUCGUCAAAUAGUUUAUUUUAUUUAACAGAAGUCGUGUUUUAGGUUGAUGUUUGAUCGUUUGUUUCGUAUUCAGAGCUUUAUAACAUCUAGCAAAGUGAUACUUAAGUAGUUUAUGAACUAAUUAACUGAAAUGAAAGAAAAAUAAUAGAUAUCUAAAUUAAUUUUGUAUGAUACUAACCUAGAGACUAUGCCAUUAAUUGAUACAUAUACAUUAUGUAUAAUAAUUAUGAGGUAUGGCAGAACUAUCCAGUAUGGUUAACACGAGUAGACACUUGAACUUGAUCAGUCGAUCUCGCUUGCUCGUAUGUAGUGUUGCGAUAGAGAAAACGCUGUCUCAUUCACAUUGCCGCUAACGUAAACUGCAAAUCGACGGUGAAGUACCAUGAACUCCCAACUACUUAGGUUUUCGUACUUAGUUAGGAGUUCAUGGCACUUCGCCAUCGAAAUGUCAACUCGUGGUACCUCUACAGGUUCUUUAGGUGGAGUAACAAUUUCAAAUCAGUUAUUUAGUUUGUCUACGUCCACUUUGCUGUUGAAAUGUAAUGUAAGUCUGAUUUUUGAUAUGAAAUGCUCGAGUAUGUUUGUUGUACGAUCACAUAGUCGUAAGUUUGUAUUUACUCGGUUCUAGGACAAGAACUAAACAAAACAUUUAAUUUAAAACAUUAACACUGUCACCAUGUAAACCCAUAGUCGAACUGGCACCUAAGAGUCAGAUGUAUGUAUAACACAUUGGCUCCAGUAACAUGUGUUGUUUAAAUUUGGUAUUUGUAAGUAACGUUUUGGCAUACAUAUUUUAAAUAAAGUAUAAAUUAA